GAUCCUGGCCGGAUCCUGGCCGGACCCUGACUGUGGCCGGAUCCUGGCCGGACCCUGGCCAGACUUUGGCCAGACUCCGGACCGGACCCUGGCGGACCCUGGACCCUGGCAGGGUCCGACCCUGGCCAGACCCUGGCCAGACCCUGCCGUGGCCGGACCCUGGCGCUCUGGCGCCGGACUCUGGGCAGACCGGCCGCAGACCCUGCCGGACUCUGGCCAGACCUGGCCGCGGAUCUGGCCGGACUGGCCGAACCUGGCCGAUCCUGACCCUGGCCGGGCCCUGGCCGAACUCUGGCCAGAACCCUGGCCGCACUUUGGCCCGGACCCUUGCCGGACCUGGCCCGGACUCUGGCCGGACUCUGGCCGGACCCUGGCCGAGCCCUGGUCGAACUUUGGCCGAACCUUGUCCGGACCUUGGCCGGACCCUGGCCUGGACUUUGAGUGGCCUGGACCUGAG